UGCAAACUGAGGAAUGAGAUGGUGCCGCUGUCUGCAGGUAGACGGGAUUGAGGGUCAAAAAUGCCUGACACAAUUGAGAUCCAGUUUUAAAACGAUCGUUGAAAAAGCAACGAAUUCUAAAACAAAGUCCAAAAAUAGCUCGCUAUUCGGAGAGCACGGAGACAGUCAAAAACGACGCGUGGGAUACUGUGUGUGUCUCGAAAUCGCUGUCUGGGAAGCACGCAUUUUGCAAGGAACUUCAAAAAAUCACAGCCAGCAAACAAAACCAAUCUAGCUAGCUCGCUAGCUGACUAGCAUCACGAAGAAUGAAACCUUUCAAGAGAGUCCGGGAGGAGGAGCGCGAGUUCUUCAUGAUGUCAGACAGCGACGCUUGCGAGGAUGACGGGAGCGGCGGCUUCCCGCUGGAUUUGUCCGGUGGCUCAGAGAAACGCCGUCGCCGUGGAAACCUCCCGAAGGAGGCCGUGCAGAUUCUGCGGAGCUGGCUGUAUGAGCAUCGCUUCAACGCGUACCCGUCAGAGCAGGAGAAACUCAGUUUGUCUGGCCAGACUGGCCUCUCUGUGCUGCAGAUCUGUAACUGGUUUAUCAAUGCCCGAAGAAGGCUUCUGCCAGACAUGCUGAGAAAGGAUGGCAAGGACCCCAACCAGUUCACCAUCUCCAGGAGGGCAGGGAAGGGCGAGGCCCGGCUGUCCGGAGGAGGGGGAGUGGGGCGAGCCCGGUCUCCCGAAGACACGCCCUCUCCGGUUCCUCUGCUCCGCCCCUCUGUCAUCCGCCCCGCCCCCACGCUGGAUCUCAGCCUGCUGGGCAGCACAGCCACUGCCAUCCUGACGGGCGCCGGCUGCCUGGCUGCAAGCAGAGAGGGCGGGGUCAUGGCCACCAUCCUGACCCAGACGGACGCACUGGGAGCCGCUCAGUUGGGCACAGCCACAGUGGUCACCAGUACAGGCACGGCGAGCCCCACGGGGGGACUGUUCAACACGCCACCCCCCACGCCCCCUGAGCUCUGCCCGCAGGACUUCAGCGACCUACGGCUGUUGGUGGAAGCGGCCAUGCAGCGGGCGGCCGAGCUGGACCUGCAGCAGAGGGUCCAGGCACCACCCGGAGGCCCAGCCCCUGCCCAGAGCCAGGGCUCGGAAGCUCAGGGCAGCGUGGGAUUGGACCCCACGCCGGAAGGAGAGGGCGCUGUCAGAGGAGAGAGCAGCGUGGGUAAACACACAGUGCCGGUGGUGGUCUCCCAGGCCCCCUGUAUAGAGAGGUCGGAGGUCGCGAGUCUGUCCUCAGGGCGUGGUGCGUACGAGCCUGCUGUGUGGGGUGUGGUGUGUGAGAAGGCCACGCCUACAGCACAACCAAGCCCCGCCUCCCGUGUUUGGGCUCCCCCGCACUCCCUGAUCACUGUGCAGGAGGCCGUCAACUAGAGAGAGACGAGGGCCACUGGGUAUGGAGAGAUAUGAGGACUUCUGAAAAUGGGUCCCACUCAAGGGUGAAGAUUGUUCGGUAGUCAUCUGGGAAGCCUUCUGCAUUGAUCUGCAUGAGAGCAGAGAUGGGAUCGCAUGCAGGACUUUUAUCAGGACGUUUAAAGAUAUAUUUUUAAAAACAUUUUUACUGGAUAAGGGACCAUUUUAACACUGCAACACCACAUUCCUGAGGCUCUGACACAGGGCAUAAGACAUAUGAACUUUGAGACACAGGUAAUGAAACUGCACAUGCCCAUGUAGAGCCAAUGGGAGCUGUAAGAGAAUAGACUGUCUCUGUAUAUUUUUUUUUCAGCCAUUUUUCUGGAGUAAGGGAUUGUCAGACUGGCACAUGCUCACAUGUUUUUAUUUCCUUACUGCAGCACCGCAUAGGCUGAAUGUAAUAUGUUUGACCUUGAGAUGGACGUUUGUCAGGUUUGUAUCCAGCCUUUUAUCGGGUGAAACGCCAUCUGGAAUGUUCUCUCUCCUCCCAUCCACAGGAGCAGCCAUUCACCAUUGUAUUGUGUUCACAUAUGCACUUUAAAAUCAAUCUGGCAGAAAGAGCUUCUCAUUCAGGCCUCCAUUUGAUGUAAGCACAUUGCUUUCCUUGUGUAUACACAGUAUAAGCAGUUGUAUUUUUCUCUUUUGUUAAAGACCACCAAGUAAUGGGGAAAAAGUGACGUUUGCUUAUAUUUAAGUGACCAUAAUGAGAAUGUCCUCUGCCCUGAGUAAGUCUGACAGAAAGUAUGGGGAACGUAGACAGACCCAGAGCUUUGCAAUGUCGUUGGCUUUCAUGGCUGCACCCUUCUUUUAAAAUGUGUGAACAAGAAUGAUCCGGGCAUGCAAGUGAACUGACUGGAUUCAGUGACAUACUGCUUUUUAUGUCAUAUCCUCGUAAUUUCAAGGUAACCUGUCACAGACUGAAAUACGUUGUCUGGCCUGCUUUAGGAUGUCUUGUGAGCUUGUUAGUGUGUCACUUGUGUCAUUGCAUUAAUCACCCUUGGGCGGAUCAUGUGUGGGAGACAGAAGCUGAUUGCUUUUGAGGGUGUAGAGGUUUUUCCAUCCACAAACACCAGCUGUCUUUUUCAUGGAAGCACAGGUUACUUUAAUUUGACCUGAUAAUGUGAGAGGUUCUGUCAGGAGUAUUUGACAGGCAUUUCAGUCAGUUGUACCAGAUCAUUUCAUCUUCCUCCAAUCUACACCACCCUCUUCUUUCUGAGCUUGGUUCAGUCUGGUUUCCUGAUAUCAGGCUAUUCAUAGCUGCUCUCCAGAUGCAGUAAUCAGAGCUGCAUGUUGUUAAUGUCCCAUUAUGGUUUGAGCAUUAUGUUCAGGUUUGGCUUCUGUCAGUAUUGGGUCAUCUUGAAUAUUGAAUGUUGUACAGUAGAGGAUUUGGAUGAGGCAGCAGAAAACCAAAAAAUGACUUAGCAUUGUUGUUAGUUUUGUUUUCUGUCAGACAGUAGCUGUUUCCAUGAAAAGGCCUUUAUGUGUAUUUCUGUCAGCGCUCUUCAUGGGUCGUGUCCUUGUGUCAGCCGUCGCAGUUCUGUGUCACAAACGUGAGGCCAAAGACUUCUCAGCAAGGCCUCGUAACAGCAUUAUUUGAAGCUCCUCACCACAGUAGUAAUCCUUAAUAGGAAUCCUACAGUACUGCCAGAACACAAGAAAAUGUGUCAUUCAAGAAUAAUCGAUUCCACGCGAAAAUGAUGUCCAUUAAAUAUCUUAGCUUUGUGCCUGAGAUUCUGAUGAUGCCUGAAUGGAAAAUGUAUAAUGUUUCCUCUCAGAAUUUCUUCAUUUGAA